CGAUCGCGCGCUCUAUAUAUUGCCGCCGUCGUCGCGACACAACAAAGUCCCGCCAUCUUCUCUGUCUCUCUCGGCGAAGCGAAGCAGAGCAAGCAACGCACAAGAAACACGCGAGCUGCAAGUCGGUGAAUCGCAGGGUCUAAGCUAAGCAAGCGAGGGAGCGCCGAUGGCGGCGGCGGAGUGGUGGUGCUGGCCGCUGCCGGCGUGGCUGGGCUCCGGCGCGGCGUGGUUCGUCCUCCUGAACGUCGUCGUGGGCGCCAUCUUCGCCCUGUCCUCCCGGGCGCAGUCGCCGUCGCCUCGACGCGGGAUCACGCGCAGGGCCUCGUCGGUGCUGCUGCAGCGGCUCCGGUCCUUCUCCGUCUUCUCCUCCCCGUCGCCGAGCUUCCACACCGAGGCGGCGCCCGAGGACUCGCACGCCACCUCCAGUCGAGCAGAGGACGCCGGGCCGAGCGCGAGGGCGUGGUCGCCGUCCACCCCGCGCGCACCGAUAGCGUCUGCACCGGCGAGAAAGGAGGAGGACGAGGAGGACGUGGACUCGUUGAGCAUGGACGACGUGUACGCCCUUGUGCAGGCGCGACGGCAGCAGCCGCCGCCGCCGCCGACGGAGGAGGAAGUGGCCGGGUCGGAGGUGGACGCCAAGGCGGAGGAGUUCAUCCGGGGGUUCAAGGACGACCUCAGGCAGCAGCGCCUCGACUCCAUCUUCAACUACACGCAGAUGCUCAAGCAGCGCGCUGCCGGCCGCGGGACUACGCCGGCAGCCGAGCCAGAUACUACCAACCAGUGA